UUGUCCUGUCCCCUUCCUUCCUCUGUAUGGUGGCCCUGCCUGGGCCAAUGGGGAGCCAAGAAGCCGGAGGCCUUUGAGUCUUAGAGGUGGUGAGUGGCUGGGGAUAAGCGACGUGGACCAGCGCCUCUACGUGUUGGAGCGCCUGGAGGAACUGGUGACGCUACAGGACCAGCAGGAGACCCCCACCGGACCCCCCAGAGACCCCCAUCUCGGUACCUGUCCUCCCCAGCAUCCGCAGCAUCAUGAGCAGCAGAGCCCAGUGAGAGCGGUGCUGGAGGAGCCCAGUGAGAGCAGCCACACAGUUGGUUCUGAAGAGGGCGAGUCAGAAAAAGGAGAAGAGCAGCAGGAAAUAGCAGUGGAAAUGUUUCGGAAAAAAGCUUCGUCCUCCUUGAGAAUGAGAAGAAUAUCAGAAAGCAAUAGAUGGAACAUCGACCGCGGGCGCAGUUCGUCCUUCCAUGAGGUGCGUGGUCUUCGGGAGGCUGAGAUGAGGGCGGCGGCCGACGAGACGUCCAGCAGCAGCAGUGGCAGCAGCAACACCGUCCUGCAACGACUCCUCCAGGAGCAGAUGCGCUAUGACGAGGGACGCAACUACCAGCUGGCCAUGCAGGAGCAGCAACGGCAGCGGCAGCAGCAGGAAGGAGGGGUGAGUGGGGGCUACCCGGGCCAGGGAGGCCCCAACGACGACCGGCACGACUCCAUGGUGCCCCACAUCGCACGGCAGGAGCCCCAGGGACAGGAGCUGCAGGCAGACAGUGGCAUGGAGAAACUGGGCUCCCGCGGUGGGGGAAGUAGUGGAGUAGGAGGGAUGAGUGGUGCUGGGGGAGGGAGCGGCCAGGGCCCCAACCCAGAGGACUUACCCACCUACGAGGAGGCCAAGGUGCAGUCGCAGUACUUUCGCGGCCACCCGCACCACCAGCUACAUCAACAACAACAACAACAGUUGCCUCCGUCGGUGGGCGCAGCAUUUUACGUGACGGCUGUAACCAACAAUGGCAAGGUGCAUACGGAGGGGCGUCCCACGGUUCAGCGUCUGAGCAGCGGGGGAAAGGUGCACCAGGACGACGGGCUCAAGGACCUGAAGCAGGGCCACGUGCGCUCCCUCUCCGAGCGCCUCAUGCAGCUCUCGCUGGCCACCAGCGGGGUCAAGGCCCACGCCCCUGUCACUAGUGCCCCUCUUUCCCCCCAGCUGCCCCCUCCGGGUCCGCCGGGGGACUACUACAAGCCCUCGGGCCAACACCGGGGCCCCCCACCUGACUACCCCUUCAAGAACAUGGGCUCCUCUUCCAAACAGCUGCCGCAGCAUCAGGAACAAGGUGGGCACUAUUACCAGGACCAUCGGCCAAGGGAGCAGGGCAGGAACGAGGUGCCACACGUCCGCUACCAGCCUCCGCCAGAGUACGGCUCCUUCAGGUCCAAUAAGGAGAGCUCCGUCCACUCCCAGAGGUCUGUCCAUCACCACAGCCCCACCUCCUCGGUCACCUCAGUGGGCUCUCUGUCCCGAGCCCAGUCCUCCACCCUCGGUAGUCUCCUCAGCGCCUCCCACCCCUCCCACACACACCCCCACCCCCAGGGGGACCCCUACGCCGCCAUGGCUCGAAGCCCCCAGGGCCCUGGAUCACACCAGGGAGACCCAUAUUGUCCCGGGCCCAUGCACCCUCCAAUUCAGAGGGGCCACAGCUUCCCACACGACCCCUACGGCUCCACCUCCAGGAUGCACCACCAGCAGCACCACCAGUAUCAACAACAGCAGCAACAACAACAACUCCAACACCAGCACCAACAGUACCACUCCCAGUCAUCCCAGGGCCACCCUCCCCAGCACUAUCCCCACCCCCAGGGGGACCCCUUCGCCAUGAUGUCCCGCGCCCAGCAGAUGGUGGACAUGGUGUCAGAGGAGAACCGGCUGCUCAAGCAGGAGAUGGAGGUGUGCUGCGAGAAGGUCACCAAGCUGCAGAAGUUGGAGACAGAGAUCACGCUGGUGUCGGAGGCCUAUGAGAACCUGGCCAAGUCAUCCACUAAGAGGGAGGCUCUGGAGAAAACCAUGAGGAACAAGCUGGAGCUGGAGGUGCGCAGGCUGCACGACUUCAACAGGGACCUCAGAGAGCGUAUGGAUACUGCCAACAAGCAGCUAGCUGCUAAGGAGUGGGAGGGAACGGAAGACAACCGAAAGACCAUCUCUCAGCUACUCACCCAGAACAAAGAGACGGUGCGUGAGAAGGAGAAGCUGGAGAUAGAGCUGAACUCACUGCACUCCUCCACGGACGACCAGAGACGACACAUUGAGAUCAGGGACCAGGCUCUCAACAACGCCCAGGCCAAAGUAGUCAAACUGGAGGAGGAGCUGAAGAAGAAGCAGGUGUAUGUGGAGAAGGUGGAGCGCAUGCAGCAGGCCCUGUCCCAGCUCCAGGCUGCCUGUGAGAAGAGAGAGCAGCUGGAGCACCGCUUACGCACGCGGCUGGAGCGGGAGCUGGAGUCACUACGCAUGCAGCAGAGACAAGGCGGCUCCCAGAGCAGCAGCAGUGGUCAGGAGUACAAUGCCACGGCGCUGAUGGAGCACCUGAGGGAGAAGGAGGAGAGGAUCCUGGCCCUGGAGGCAGACAUGACCAAGUGGGAGCAGAAGUACCUGGAGGAGAGCGUCAUGAGGCAGUUUGCCUUAGACGCUGCCGCCUCCGUCGCCACCCAGAGGGACACGUCGUCGUCAAUGAUAAGCCACUCUGCCAGCAGCAGCUAUGAGCAGCAGCUGUCAGUGGAGGCUCGUAUCCAGAAGGAGGAGGAGGAGAUCCUGCUGGCCAACCGCCGCUGUCUUGACAUGGAAAGCAGGAUCAAGAACCUGCACGCCCAGAUCAUUGAGAAGGAUGCCAUGAUCAAAGUGCUCCACCAGCGUUCCAGGAAGGAUCCCAACAAGGACCGGGAUGCCGCGGCCACCAUGCGACCCUCCAAGUCUCUGAUGUCCAUCGCAAACACGGGCGGCUCGGGCCUGCUCUCACACAGCUUGGGCCUCAGCAGCUCCCCCAUCACAGAAGAGCGCAAGGACAGCAGCUGGAAGGGCAGCCUGGGAGUUCUGUUGGGUCCAGAGUACCGUACCGAUUCUCUGAGGACAGAGUCCAUCUCGUCAUCUCCCUCCCCGGUCCUGCCCCUGACAGCAGGCCACUCUAAGACGGGCAGCAGGGACAGCUGCACCCAGACAGACAAGGGCCAGAACCAGGAGGCUAGCAGCAAGCCUAGCACCCCAGCCCUGCAGAGCACGACCCUGCCUAGCCGCCUCUCCAGCCCCAGCCCCGUCUACAUACCUGACCGCAUCGCAGAUGUGCCAGCGUUCCACAGCAGUACCCUGGAGAGGCGUGUCAUGGUGCAGUCCCACCCCCAGGCCACAUCAGCCCCUCAACAGGAGGACAACGACAUGGUGGAGAUUCUCAUCUGAACUGAACCAUGUCCUCUAUAGGUCACAGGACAGGAGGACAAUAUGUGUUUGUGCAUAAUCAAUACACACACACAAAUAUUCACAGACACACACUUUCAAAAUAGGUGGAGGAUUCCUUUUUUUGUUUUUUCAACGUUUGGUGUUUAACUAGUUGUCAAGUGACCGAGGGUGUGUUCAAAUGCACAACUUUUUUAGAUGUGCUUUAAUGAACAAUACUUUGUACGGAUUGUGAUUCGGGAGGUUUUAGUGUCAUCAGAGCGAUCAGUGUUGCUGGAGGCUAUUGGUUAACUAGCCUCCUUGGACCAAAUGUAUUGGCUACCAUACGUUGCAUCUAUUGCACUACUUACUUUUUUCACGUUAAGUCUGACUUAGGUAAUCUAUUUAUGUGUAGUAAACAGUACAUUAUUCACCAAUGUUAGACGUGGCACUUGGGUAAUCAGUGAUAUUGUAAACUACAAAACAUUAUUUUAACCUGUAGAUACUGUAUGUAUGGCAUGUGUAUCAUUUAACCGAACUGAAUGGAAUAGGUUUUUUUAGAAGCCAUUCGGUUACAUGGCACUGCCAGCCAAGGACCACAAUGCACUGUCUAAAGUAUUGGGGGACCGGCCCCCCAUGUCACAGUGGAAAACUUGGGGGAGCGAGACUCACAUUUCUACUGUGGUCCAAUGUGCUGCCUGUGUGACCCCACUGGAUGGGGUCUGUCUCUUUAGAAGUGCAGCAGUAGAAGAGGUUUAGUGUUCACCGAUGUGCCUAUGCAUCAGUUAAGGUUCUCCACUAUACCUGUUAAGUGUCCUUCAUUCCAGUCAUGUUGGGUUUGAAAGGGUAUUCUGCCCAGACUUGCUUCAAAUGAUAUUAGGCCUGAAAUAGUCUGUUAGGAUUUUAACUACUAGUUUAUGCAAUGAUCAGACAAUCUGGUAAUCAACUGUCUUUCUACACCGAUUGACAUUGUAUUUAUGAAACUAUAUGGCUCUGUUUACAAAGGAAGCCCAAUUCUGGUCUUUUGCCAAUAAUUGGGCAAAAGAUAGGAAUUGGGCUGCCUGGUUAAACGCAGCCUAUGUGGUGAUGUUAGCAGUUGAAAUCCAAGCCAGUUUCACAACCGCACAUGUCCCUUUCUUUUGACCAAAGGUAACAGAAUGAGUUUGUCUGUGGCUUGAUGUUAUAUCUAUGAUAUCACAUCAAACUUUCAAACAGUGACUGAAAUAUCCACCCAUAUAACAAUCUAGGUAGCAGUUGUGAGCAUUUUUAAUCCAAAGACAAAAAUGUGGGACCAAAGAAACACUCCACCAGCCUGACUCCACUAUUGUCUUUAAUGUCAAUAGGUUAAGUGGACAUUAAAAAAAACAACAACACUGAGGCCAAUAAUAUCUGUAAACAAAAUUUUACUUCACCUGCUCGAACAAACUGUCUCCUCGUAUCUACAUUUCUCCAACCUGGCUGAUGCAGUUAGGCCAGUGUUUGAAAUAAGUACACUACAUCACCAAAAGUAUGUGGACACCUGCUUGUUGAACAUCUCAUUCCAAAAUCAUGGGCAUUAAUAUGGAGUUGGUCCCUCCUUUGCUGCUAUAACAGCCUCCACUCUUCUGGGAAGGCUUUCCACUAGAUGUUGGAACAUUUCUGAGAGGAUUUGGUUCCAUUCAUCCACAAGAGCAUUAGUGAGGUCGGACACUGAUGUUGGGCGAUUAGGUCUGGCUCGCAGUUGGUGUUCCAUGGGGUUGAGGUCAGGGCUCUGUGCAGGCCAGUCAAGUUCUUCCACAUCAAUUUUGCCAAACCAUUUCUGUAUGUACCUCGCUUUGUGCACAGGGGCAUUGUCUUGCUGAAACAGGAAAGAGCCUUCCCUAAACUGUUGCCACAAAGUUGGAAUCACAGAAUCGUAUAGAAUGUCAUUGUAUGCUGUAGCGUUAAGAUUUCCCCUUCACUGGAACUAAGGGGGCUAGCCCGAACCAUGAAAAACAACCCCAGACCAUUAUUCCUCCUCCACCAAACUUUACAAUUGGCACUAUACAUUGGUGCAGGUAGCGUUCUCCUGGCAUCCGCCAAACCCAGAUUCAUCCGUCCGACUGCCAGAUGGUGAAGCGUGAUUCAUCACUUCAGAAAACACGUUUCCAUUGCUCGAGUCCAAUGGCGGCGAGCUAUUCACCACUCUAGCCAUUGCUUGGCAUUGAGCAUAGUCAUCUUAGGCUUGUGUGCGGCUGCUUGGCCAUGGAAACCCAUUUCAUGAAGCUCCCAAUGAACAGUUCUUGUGCUGACAUUGCAUCCAGAGGCAGUUUGGAACUAGGUAGUAAGUGUUACAACCAAGGACAGCCUUUUUACGUGCUUCAGCACUUGGCAGUUCUGUGAGCUUGUGUGGCCUACCACUUCGCGGCUGAGCCAUUGUUGUUCCUAGACAUUUCCACUUCACAAUAACAGCACUUACAGUUGACUGGGGCAGAAAUUUGACAAACUGACUUGUUGGAAAGGUGGCAUCCUAUGACGGUGCCAUGUUGAAAGUCACUGAGCUCUUCAGUCAGGCAAUUCUACUGCCAAUGUUUGUCUAUGGAGAUUGCAUGGCUGUGUGCUCAAUUUCAUACACCUGUCAGCAAACGGUGUGGCUAAAAUAGCCGAAUCCACUGAUUUGAAGGGGUGUCCACAUAAUUUUGUAUAUAGUGUACAGUAUGUCAGUUUUAUAACUGAAUAAAAAGCACAAAUAGUGUUAAGAAAUUAAAAAUGUCCAGCACGGGGGGGGGGGGGGGCAAUUUCUCCCCUUGUAGUGUCAAGUUGUUAGUCCAGGAUAGACAAUGGACCCUGGGAUUGGAGACUGAACCUUGGGUGGGGACUAUGGGAUUGAACACCUAAUAUAUAUAUAUAUUUUUGGUGUUCAUUUUACGCUUCUUGCUAAGGCUCAUUUGGAUGGCUAUCAGUUGCACUUGCUGUUUUACUGUUUGUAAAAUGACACUUUUCAAUGGUUACAUUUUCAAAAGGCCAAUGGAUUUCAUGUUCAAUUUAUUGGGAGAGCAUCAAAUGUUUUUUCAUGGUGUUACCAACAAUCAUGUCAAAGUCCCCGUUAUCAAGUACUGUACCAGCCUGCACCGGAAGCUUCAGAAAUGUCAUUUAUACAUUAAUUCAACUCUUAAAGCAAAGGUGUUCCCCUUAAAAUCUGUACUGAUAGCAUACAGCACAAUAUGCAACUCUUUGCGGUCCCACCCAAAUGCCAGUCCAUGGGUCUUGCUUCAAAUUUCAUAAGGUGUUCUGUACCCAUUACUGUCAAAACAGAUGAUUAGCAUUUACAUGUUUAAGUCAGUGAGCCUGUAGACCUGCCUUAUCAGUGUGGUGAUGGGAAUAAUUAUCAAACUAUGUAUUAACGUUUUUGGUCAAUCAAGAGCAGAGUUGGUGAGUUUACCGGAAUCUCUGGUAGUAAUGAAUGUUAAUUUUUUAAAGAUGCAAGGUCUUCUAGUAUUUGUGCCUUUCAACGUCUGUAAAAUAGAUGCUGCUUGACAAUGUCAUUACUGUACAAUCGCCAUUCAUGUUUAAUUAAAUUGUAUUUCUAGUCAACCAUCUGGUUUUACAAAAAAAAAACAUUUCAUGCCGUUUUUAUUUGUGGUUGAACGUUUUUGGGGUGUAAUUUAUGUACUCCUGACGACUUUCCAAAUGUUUCAGAUAGUGAGUUUACUUGGUUUAGUAUUACAUUUAUUUUGUUAAAUAAAUAUACAACGUGA